GGAAGGCUGGGCUUGGCCGCGUUUGUCUGCGAGCGCCGGGAACGUUCCGCCGUCUGCUGCUGCUGAACUUCAGCAAUGGCCGUGGACUGGAUUGGCUAUAGCUAUGCAAUUUUAGUGGCCUCUGGUGGAGUAAUUGGCUAUGCAAAAGCAGGCAGUGUCCAGUCUUUAGCUGCUGGACUUCUCUUUGGCGGGUUAGCUGGAUUGGGUGCUUACCAACUCUCUCAAGACCCGAAGAAAAUUUGGAUAUCCUUGCUUGCUUCUGGAACUUUAGCUGGCAUUAUGGGCAUGCGGUUCUACAACUCGGGGAAAUUCAUGCCUGCGGGGCUGAUCGCUGGGGCCAGCUUGCUGAUGGUCGGGAGGCUCGGACUGAAGAUGUACGAAAAGCCACACAAGGGAUAAGCGGACAUUCUGUGAGACUUGAGGUGCAGAUAAAAAUCAUGCCAGAGAGAGAAAAAGAAUGAAGGAACACAUUAAACAUUUAAUGGCUUAAUUUAAUAUAUAUAUAUAUAUAGACUGGAUUCCCAUCCACAGAGUACAACAUUUUUACCUCUCCCUCCCACCGAUCCCCCCCCCCCCGGAAUGCUACUCCUCAGAGGGAAAGGGCCCCAGGAACAGUAUUUGAGGGGGUGCAUUUGAGCUACAGUGUGAAGGAAGAGGCAAGAAAGUCGUGCUUUGGAGACAGGAAUCAUUCCACUCUUGAAAAUGCUGUAGUAGAUGCUCCCAUUAUGCCCGAUUGGAAAAGGAGAGGCAAGCCGUUUGCUUAAUUAGAAAAAGAACCUCAAUUUGAGUCAACAAAGAAGGUGUGUGUAAAUGGGGUACCUCCUGGUUUCAGGUGUUCUGUCAUCAACAAACCAGCAGCAAAUAAGAUCCGUCUUCUGGGUUUACUGACCACUCCCCAGUGCCUUAAGUAAGGCUGCCAACAACUUGGGGGGGAAAUAUCAUGUUUCCUUGAUAGAGGCUCGAUAGGAUGCUGUUGAACUAUAUGAUGCUUUUCACCUCUGUGCUGUGAGGAGCUUCGCCUGCCACAUAUUUAGCUUCUAUUAAAGGGUCAAGACAUUUUUUUCUCCAGGCUGUUGGCAGCCCUAGUGUUAUAGGGGAAGGACUUUUUAACCCACAUGAUGACGCAGACUUUCUGUGGCAACAUAGUGCAGCACAAGUCUUAGCAAAGGCCCCAGUUGGUUACAAGGGAGGCUGCCUGUGUAUGAGCGAUAUGUGAGCCUUCAUCAGUAAACCCAUUUCCGUAGACCGUGAGAAUGUGUUUUUCUUAGAAAAAUGUCUUUUGCUUAAGUAUAUACAGAUAUAAUUAUGGCUGUCUGACUACUAUGUGAAACUCCAUUUUGAUACCUUCCUGUAUUCUUCUUUCCAAACGAACUUUUUUUUUACUAAAGUGUAAUAUGUUAUUAUA